AUGCUGUCACGCGCGGCGGCGUCGGCUCGAGCCCUCGUGGCUUUCGCUCCCCUGGUCGCGAUGGCGAUCGCAAUAGGAACCGGGGUUAGGAAGGACUCCAGGGUUAUUCCCGAAGCCGAGCAGCAAAGCGCCAGCCAUGAGGUCGAGGAAGUCCGAGGGCCCUUGAUCAGCCAGCCGAACGCAUCCGUGCUGGGCAGAGCCGAGCAGAGCAUCGUGUUUGUGCCCUUCUACGCGCGCAACUGGGGCCGAUCGACCAGCACAAGGCGCUGCGAAGCAUUCAAUCAAUCUAUCUGCCUGCAUAAAAGUCGAGACCGGGCUCAAAAUGGACGGCAUCGUGCCUCCGCAUCUAGACCAGACCAACUUUCCAACGCCGUGGCGCCUGACGGGUCUCUCCAGACUCCAGAGUCCAAAUGGUUGGGUCCAGGUCAGGGGACCUUUAUAAGGCUUCAUUCCUUCAACCAUCAUCCCAGUGGGAUUGAGCCGCUGGGCAGGAACCAGAGCGGCACAACACCAAUUGAGGUCAUACUACUCCAUACACAGCAAAUGCGUGCUGCUAGUCUACCACACUGUCUCACCCAAUCACACAACAUCACUGCCACGUACUGUGUACCCACAGACCACAGGAGACUGGCCAGUAGCAAUAGCCUCCAGGAGCAAGGGCUCAAGGAGAGCACGUUGUACAACCUUGAAGGGUCUAUGAAUCCGCGUGGUUUGGCUCUCGUGCCCUUGGCUAGGUGGAGAAUCUGA